GUACUUUAUAUCAUUCUUAUCCCAAAGGGAAUAUUGAGAUCGGAUUGUCUGCAGGUUCACAUCCGAUCCCUAGUUUCUUUGCAAUUAUUGCGUAAAAUUCCUCAUAAUAAAGAUUCAAUAUAUGUAAGAUUUAUCAAGAAAACCUUCAAUGGCGUCUUCCGCCUCAUCAUCAUCCGUUCAGAAGAUCUUUAAGUAUCAUGUGUUCUUAAGCUUUAGUGGUGAAGACACGCGUAAGACGUUUGUUGAUCAUCUUUACGCUUCUCUUACACGACAAGGUAUUCACACCUUCAAGGAUAGCGAGGAACUCGAGAAAGGAAAAAAGGUCGAUGAGCUCUUUAAAGCCAUCGAAGAGUCAAAGCUCUUUAUCAUUGUUUUCUCCAAAAACUAUGCAUCUUCGUCUUGGUGCUUGAAGGAGGUUGCGAAGAUCAUGGAGUGCCAGGAUUCGAUCGAACAGAUAGCUUACCCACUCUUUUAUGAUGUGGAGCCCACAGACGUACGCGGACAAAGUGGGCCAGUUGGAGCAGCCUUCGCCAAACAUAACACCAGCGAACAGGCUGGGAAAUGGAAAGAGGCUCUGAAAGAAGCAGGCAAUCUGGUAGGAUGGGAUCUGAAAGAGAUUGCUAAUGGGCAUGAAGCUGAAGCCAUCGAUCAAAUUGUUGGAGAAGUUUCACUCAAGUUACGUGCCAUACGUUUGAGCAAUGAUGAAAAUCUAAUAGGCAUGGAAUCCCGAAUGCGAGAUCUGGAGUCGUCUUUAGAGAUUGGCUUGAACAAUGAUGUCAUCAUGAUCGGGAUAAAGGGGAUGGGGGGCAUUGGAAAGACAACUUUGGCCAAAGCUAUUUUUGAUAAAGUAUCUUUCCAAUUUGAAGGUAUAAGCUUUGUUGAGAACGUGAGGGAAGCUUCAAAAACACCACGGGGUUUACUGUCAUUGCAACAACAAGUCCUUUCAGAUGUAUUAAAAGAUGGAAACAAGCAUAAUUCUCAUGAUGGAAAAUUUAUGAUGGAAACAAGGCUGCGCUUUAAAAAAGUGCUUCUUGUUCUAGACGAUGUGGAUCGUAAAGAGCAGCUUGAGGAGUUAGCUGGUGCUUUGAAUUGGUUUAAGGACGGAAGUAGAAUUAUCAUUACAACAAGAGACAAGCAAGUGCUGAAAGCACACUCAGUGAAUAGGAUUUAUGAUGUCAACUUAUUGUCAAAGGAGGAAGCAAUUAGCCUCUUCAAUAGGUAUGCAUUUGGGAGAUAUGCUCCAAUGCAAAGCCUAGAGGAUGAUCACAAGGAAAUAUUUCUAGAUGUUGCAUGUUUCAUGAAGGGGUUGCAGAAAGAGGAUGCAAUUAGAAUACUUGAAAGCUGUGGAUUACAUGCUAUAUAUGGUUUAUCAGUUCUUGAACAAAAAUCCCUCAUAACUAUUUCAAAUCAGCGUUUGGCUAUGCAUGAUAGCAUAGAAGAAUUGGGCAGGAAUUUAGUUCAACGAACUCACCCCCGCAAGCCCAACAAACACAGCCGACUGUGGGAUCGCGAGGAAAUUGAAGUCUUAUUAUAUGAGGAUAUGGGUACUAAAGCAACAACAUGCAUACGACUCGAGCAGGUGGAACUGCGUCCUGAAAUCGUUAUGAAAGGCCUUCGAAACCUGAAGAAACUUAGAGUUCUUCUGGUUUCUGAGAGAGAAAAUGAGUGUUCUCCUAGUGAUUGGAAGUUUGAUCAAGCUAAACAAUACUUUUCAAAUGCAUUACAGUUUCUAAGUUGGGAGGGUUACCCUCUUCGGUCUUUACCCCAAACAUUUAGAGCAAAUAAUCUUGUUGGACUUGAAUUGCCUAGAAGCAGGAUCACAAACCUUUGGGAAAGCGGAGAUGAAAAGGUACUUAAGAAGCUGAGGUUCCUCGACCUUAGUUAUUCAAAAUUGAGGACCCUAGACCUUGGGCUGACUUGUAAUCUCGAGAGGUUAGAUCUUAAAGGAUGUCAUGAUUUGAAAGAACUUCAUGUGCCCGAUGGAUGUCUAGGAAAGCUCGUCUAUUUAAACUUAAUUGGUUGUUCAAAGUUUAAAAAAUCUUUUUUGAUUGUGAAAGGGUUGGAAUCGCUUAAGCUUCUUUCUUUAUCUAAGUUAGAGCUGACUGUGGAGCUACAUGAAUCCCAAAGGUACUCCCACGACAAUUUGCCAAAGCUUCGGUUUACAUGUAUCUAUUCUGAAGAAGAUCCCUUACCGAUCGGAAAUGGUCAGAAGUCUGUUUAUCUUGAUCUUCAGCCUCGCAAAAAACUUGAGUGUCUUUCUGGAAGCAUUUGUGGUUUACAACACCUAAGGCACCUUACAUUGAAGGGCUGUAUUCCAGAGGUACCCAAUGACCUUGACCGGUUAGAAUACUUAGCGAAGCUCAAUUUGUUGUCCACAGACAUUAAAUGUCUUCCAGAUAACAUAUGUUUAUUGAAACAUCUGAGAUCUUUCAAACUUGAAUCUUGUCUGCUUCUUGAAGAGUUACCCAAGGAUCUUGGCCAAUUAGAAUGUUUGGAGAAGCUAAGUUUGUUGUCUACAGGCAUUAGACGUCUUCCAGAUAGCAUAUGUAUGUUGAAAUGUUUGAGAUCUCUCAAAGUUAAAUCUUGUUUGCUUCUUGAGGAGGUGCCCGAGGCGCUUGGCCAAUUAGUAUGCUUAGAGAAGCUAAACUUGUUUUCUUCACGUAUUAGGAGUCUUCCAGGUAGCAUUUGUAUGCUGAAACAUCUGAAAUCUCUAGAUCUUGAAUCUUGUGGACUCCUUGAGAAGUUACCCGAGGAUCUUGGGCAAUUAGAAUGUUUAGAGAAGCUGAUCCUAAAAAAGUGUGCGUCAUUAGAAGAUAUUCCAAAUAGCAUCUCCUAUGGUAGCUCAAUCGCCAUUUGUGUUAACAUAAGGAUUCAAGUUGAAACAGAGACAUCCAAAAUUGAGAGUUCAAUGAGAGGAGUUUUUGAC